AUGAAUCGGCCCAUUUGUCAUCGCGCACCUCAACUCCACUCGAUUGCUCGAACCUCCCUCGCAAUCCGGCCUCGUUCGCCAUUGUCCAUCACUGCUCCCAGCUAUCCCGUCUGCAGCAUCUCUCGACCGCUGGCACCACAGUCCGCUGCGCAACCGUCUCUCGUAAUUCACCAGACGCCUCGCGCAUUCUCAAUUAUGGCUUCUGCAACUAGCUUCUACGACUUCAAGCCGCUCGACAAGCGCGGCCAGGAGGUCCCUCUCGCUGACUACAAGGGCAAGGUCGUCCUCAUCGUCAAUACCGCCUCCAAGUGCGGCUUCACUCCUCAGUACGAAGGCCUCGAAAAGAUUUACAAGUCCAUCAAGGACAAGUACCCUGAUGACUUCACCAUCCUUGGCUUCCCCUGCAACCAGUUUGGUGGCCAGGAGCCCGGCACCAAUGAUGAGAUUCAGAAGUUUUGCCUCGUCAACUAUGGCGUCAGCUUCCCCAUCAUGCAGAAGAUUGAUGUCAAUGGCGACAAGGCCAGCGACUUGUACGAGUGGCUCAAGGCCGAGAAACCCGGUUUGAUGGGCCUCAAGCGCAUCAAGUGGAAUUUCGAGAAGUUCCUAGUUGGUCGCGAUGGCAAGGUCAAGGGUCGCUGGGCUAGUACUACCAAGCCCGAGUCACUCGAGAAGCCCAUUCUCGACGAGUUGGAGAAGUCGGCAGGACCGGCAAACUGA